AUGGACGACUCCGAACUCGAACAAAUCCGCAAGGCCCGCCUCGAACAGCUCAAGGCGCAAGGCGGCGCGGGAGGCAGCUCCGGCGGCGGCGGCGGCGGCUCGAACAAGCAGCAGCAGCAAGAACAGCGCCAACAACAAGAACAAGAAGCCCGCCAGCAGAUCCUCAACCAGAUCCUCCACCCGGAAGCGGCGGACCGCCUGGGCCGCAUCCGUCUCAGCGGGCAGCUGCGCAGCAAAGUCACCGAGACGCAGCUCAAGGAGCUGCUCGAGGCCGUGGCGGGGACGAAGGAGGAGGAGAAGAUUGUGGUGAGCAGGCGUAAGGGGUGGGACGAUGACGAUGACGAUUUGUUGGAUUUGUAG